GUGUCUUUUCACUUUUUGUUCUUCCAAAUGAAUUUUGUUAUUAUUUUUCUAAUCCAGUAAAAUAAAUUUUUGGCAAUUUAAGUGGGAUAGCAUUGAGUAUAUAAAUUAGUUUAGGUAAAAUUGUCAUUUUUAUUAUAUUGCCCCUGCCUACCCAUGUGGCUUCCUCAGCAUGACUGAUGCAGAGUCAUGAUGAAGUAUAGAAUAGAUAACUGACUUGUGUCAGAAAGACCUCAGUUCAAAUCCUACUUCAGAUACUUGUUAGCUGUGAUUGAUUCUUGGUAAAGGAGUUAGGAUUCAGUGGCCUCUCUAGCUCUGUGUCUGUGAUACUGACCCUCUGUCCUGAAAUCAGAUGGCCAGUCAGCGUGUUACCAUUUGCCUGGUGGAUGGCAAUUGGAUUAGGGGACCUGAUAGAGCAUAAAGGCCUGGUGUGGUACAGAGGAGCAAGAGAACCACAGUUUAAAUUUCCCAGGCCAGUGACCAGGUCAGCUAGAGUUUGGCUUCUGUGUUUUUGUUCAUGUUGACCCUGUGGUUUGCAUGGGCUUCCCCCAGUCAUCUCCACCUGUUGAAGUCUUUCCCUCCUUAAUGACUCACUUCAUCCUUGAAACUUUCUCUGACCUUAGCUGGAACUGAGUUCCUCCCCCUCAGAUUUCUCAAAGCCUUCUCUUUCGUGUGGUCAUUUCUUCACUCUUCCCCCACGAACCCCCUACUAUUAAGUUGUAAAUUCCUCCUGAGCAGCAGGGUCUGUGUUGCAUCUAUCUUUGUAGAGCCAGAACUUUACACCGUGCCUUGUACAUAAUAAGGACGUAGUCAGUGCAAGCUAAAGGCUUAGCUUGUUUUAAGGUUACAAAAAUGACCAUUUCCUAUUGGUUUUACAGGUAAAGAAGGAGGCAAAGCCCCUGAGUGAAGUUGAAUUCUUCAAUUUCUACUUCUUCAGUUUGGGGAUUUCAGUAUAUACAGAAAAGGAAACAACUGAGACCAAGAAAAGUAAAGCAUCUUCCAUCAAACCCAAAUUCAUCUCGGCAGUUCACGUUCGGUUAAAAGGUGUCAUUUUUUUUCCUGAAGUCAUUCACACAGACUUCUUGGUUUCUGUGGAAUAUUAAUAGGUGUGUGAUGUCAAAGCAGGAGGCCGGGCUUGGGACCUCCCCCCCAGAAGACUAACCGCCCGUCAUCAUGUGCCAGUAUGAAUGCUAACAGAGCAGCCUGCACUCCUCGCUGGAGCUGUCAGGGGAGGAGAAAGAAAGGAGGAGCUGAGCGUGCAAGAAGUCAAUGACUGAAUCUUCCAACUUCUUCACAGGACCGCUUGGACCUCAGUGACUGCAGAUCUGCUUGGAAAGGAAAACAGAUUUCUCCUGGUUUCUUUCUGCCUUCAUUCUUGUGGUCUUGGGUGCUUUUGUGUGUGUGUGUGUGUGUGUGUGUGUGUGUGUGUGUGUGUGUGUGUGUUCACCCCUUGGAUUUCUGACUGUCCACUGCCUUGGACCUCAAUAUGUGUCAUGUUAUUGUCACCUGUCGCUCAAUGCUGUGGACUCUCCUGAGCAUCGUCGUAGCUUUUGCGGAACUCAUCGCUUUCAUGAGUGCAGACUGGCUAAUUGGCACCGCCAAAUCCUCCAGCGGCGCGGACACGGACAACAGGACAGGGGGCUCCCAGCAGCCUUACCGCCCAACCUUGGGCAUCUACGCUCGAUGUACCCGCAUCUCCCACAUACGCCAUUCCAAUCGGGACACCCUCUGUGGACCCUAUGCGGAGAACUUCAGCGAGAUCGCCAGUGGCUUCUGGCAGGCCACCGCUAUUUUCCUAGCUGUUGGGAUCUUUAUUCUCUGUGCGGUGGCAUUCAUAUCUGUCUUCACCAUGUGUGUGCAGAGCAUCAUGAAGAAAAGUAUUUUUAAUGUCUGUGGGCUGCUACAAGGGAUUGCAGGUCUGUUCCUUAUCCUAGGCUUGAUACUCUACCCUGCUGGUUGGGGUUCCCAGAAGGCAAUAAACUACUGUGGACAUUAUGCUUCUGCCUAUAAACUAGGCGAAUGCUCCUUAGGCUGGGCCUUCUACACGGCCAUUGGUGGUACUGUCCUGACAUUCAUCUGUGCCGUCUUCUCAGCACAAGCCGAGAUUGCCACAUCCAGUGACAAAGUACAAGAAGAAAUUGAAGAAGGGAAAAACCUGAUCUGCCUCCUUUAAUUUGAGAAAGAGAGAGAGAGAGAGAGAUCAGAGCCUGUUCUUUCCUAAUUAACUUUGGAAAAGGAUCCACUUUCCUGUUUUCACUGAUUGCGACCACCCGAGUGUCGCCAGGGGCCUGUUUCUACUGCAGCCAUCCUUCAUUCUCCCAGGUCUCUGAGGAACCGACAGGAAGAGACAGUCCAUCUCAGAGAAGCUGGACACAGGCCACCAAUGGGGCAAGGUGGGGGAGGGAGUUUAGAAGCAUGUAAAUAGCUGACAAAUGCUGUCAUUGUUAGGUUGCAUCUUCCCCAGAGCCCCUGAACGAUUCUGAGUUAAGUCAUAAAGCCAGCAAUCUUUAUUCUGGAUGGGAUGAGACGGGAAACUAGGUUGAGGGUGUCAAAAGGGUUCUUCUCUUUGUGUUUUGAGAGUGUCUUCUACCGCAAGUUUAGGACCCUUGUACAAAAAACAUCCAUCAGAAUGAGUUGGGGGGUGAAGGGAGACUGCUGUCUAAAAUGACUCCAAAUACAGCUGCCUGUUACAGAACACUUUGCUGGAUGAAAAUGAAACUACAUUCAAUCCCUGCAGGGGGAAAAUCAUAGAUGUUAAAGGGGAAGCAGGAUAUGGUUAUUGGGUCAAGGCGCAUGCCUUCCUUGGGUACCGUGCAAAGAAACUGAAGGUGAUAUUGACCUUGGGGUUGCAGCCCUUUGUAAGUUCCCCAUGAGAAGAUUACUGGAGAUGAGGUACCUUCUUGGGUUAGGGGGCCAAAAGUCAGUCUGGGAUUGUAGAAACUGGGGAAAGAUGAAAGUCUUACAACCCAGUGGUAAUGAAGUUUUACCAUCUUUGAUCUUUUCAAACACUUUGAAGGCUCCAGUUUCCUUCAUCCCAUGGACACUGACACUUCUUUCCACUUUAGGCUGUAGUAUUAGUGAGUGACCAUGGCCAAAAUAAGAUCCCCUCCCCCAGCCCUCAGUGUCCAGAUUUUUGGUCAGGUGCCUUUCUGGACCUAGCUAGGCUGGUCCUUGACCAGCAAACACAAAGUCUGUCACUAGGCCUCCACUUGAAGCCUUUCCAGCUUUGUAGGACCUGCUAUGGCUUAAUCUUGGAGAAAGAAGGCAGGGUCACCUCCACAUCUAGAAGUGUCAGAGUAGGUCUUAGGUGGUGGCUACCUCUAAAAUUAGAGACAAAUGCUUUUCUUUCCUGAACAUAGUCAAACAGGCUAGCCUGGUGGGGCCAACAUGUCCUGAGGCUGUCCCAGCUUCCAGUUCAAAUGCAGAUCAUGUGUUUUUCUCCUGGUGUUAGAAGUUGGCUUCAUUCAACUGGCAAAGGGAAGCUCAUUCCCUUUCCUCAUUCCAGAGACUGAUGUCCCAGGGCCAGCUGUGGCCCAUUCAAAUACUUAAUUAAGAAGCCCUGCCAAAUUCUCAACAUUUGCGGGGAGACAUUUUCCCACUGUUUGUUCACCACGUUGCCGUCAGCUGUAUUUCCAAAUCUAGCAGCAACAGUAAUACAGUUACCACAACUGACUUUUUUUUUAACAAAACAAAAAAGACAGCUAGUCAUGUGACUUCAGUUUUUCUAGGUAUAGCAACUCUUCCAGAGGACAGACUUAAAGAAGAUGAAAUAAUGGUGCUGAAGGAAUGCUUCCCCGGAAGUUGUAGCUUUUAAGAGUCAGUGAAUCUGAAAACACCUAUGGACGUCCCCUGCAUGUGCAGGGGAUGUGGACAAACUCAGGAAGACUCCUUCCUGUCUGUGGAAAAGUUCUGCCAACCUUGGAAAGUGCCUCGGGGACCAGAAGGCACACCUAUGUUCACAGCUUUAUCGUUUUGAUUGAUUCUGAACUUUAAUUUUUAAACCAUAUUCGUAACACUCCUCUCAAAACUACCGUCCCUGGUUUACAGGCAUGAAGUCUUCAUUUAUGUUCCUUCAUGUUCAUGAAUUGGCCAAAUCUAGACAUCCAUAAUUUAGGGAGAAAAAAAGGAUUUUUGUGAAAUUAGUUGAUGCUGUUACUUUUUCUAAUGUUUCAGAAAGUAUCUAAAAAUAUAUGUCAGUGAAAUCAAUUGACUGCCAAAUCCCAAGGAAACCUUUAAAGAGACUAACAAGAGACAUGUCCUUAUUUUUGCUUUCUUGCAACAACCUUUCAGCUUUGAGCGUUGACUUGGCUGGAAACAACUAUAGCCCUACUAGUCUGCUCAGCAGAAUUUUUUCCAUUCUGCUCAGUAAACCCAAUUCAUGUGUUUUCCUUUGGAUCUCUUGUAUUAGAAUCCUGGGAAAAUUCAUGAUCUUCUUGGGGGACGGGUAUUCUUCCUCCAGUUCCUCUUCAUGGUGUGAAGGUGAUCCUUGAUUCCUAAAGUUCUAACAUGUUGUAUCAAUUCAAUUUACUAAGCAUUAAGCUGCUAUUGUGUGCCAGGCACAAAGUCAAAAAUGAAAACUGUUCUUGCUCAUAAGGACCUUCCAUUCUACCAGGCAUCAAAUCCUUUGAGUACAGGCACCAUGAUGGUCUGAGUAUUUCUAGUUGUGGAGAUGAUCUUCACCAGAAGGCUGUGGAUAAUAAUAAGAGCAUUGGUGCUUGAGUCAAGCUACCUUUAUGACCUUGAACAAAUCAUACGCAACUGAUGGUGGACAUCAGUUUUCUCAUCUGCAAAUUGGGAGGAUUAGAGUAGAUGGCUUCUAAGGUCCUUUCCAGCUCUAGAUCUAUGAUUUUAAUCAAGAGCUCCCAAAAUAAUUGAUUAGAAGUCAGGGUGGGGAGGAGGCUCAGCAUAUAAUGAAUCAGGUUAAAAAUGAUGAUCAUCUCAAACAGUAAAUCAAAUGAAUAUCCAAAAUUACAAAGUGGAAAUAUUUUCUAAUCACCUGAAAAGAUGGCAACGCAAAGAUCAUUGGAGUAAAGUACAAGAAUAAUUAAAAAGGGGAUGUAAAAAGAGCCUUUUUUGUUGGGGGGAGGGAGAGGCUGUCUUCUACAUUUUGUUCUAGCAAUAAGCUGCUAAAACACUGGGCCUCCAGCUUUAGAACCUCUGUCUAAUCUGUGAGGCCUCACAGCAAAUAGGAUAAAUUCACAAGUUUCAUCCUAAAUAAUUCUAAUCUCAGGCAGGAAUAAGUUUGGUGAAGUUUGGGAAUGAGUAUUUCCUGUAACUCAUCACCAUCUGCUCUUCCUCUUCCAGCCUAUCCUCAGUAAGUUUCCACACUCAGCUGAGGGCCAGAGGAUUGAGCCAAUCACCUGGGAGACUUAUCUUUUGAACCUUUAGAAGUGCUCCCAAACUUGAGCUUUCUAAGAUUUUUCUCCAGCAACCCACUUUAAAAGCUGUGUAAUCAGCAGCUCUUGCCUUUCACCUAGUGAUUGCAAUCGAUUGGAAGUGCACACACCUGCCAUAAUGCCGGGAGCAGCUAAAGCUUGGCUACAGGUUAGCCUGACUUAACUCCAGGAACCACCAUGAGCUAAAGGAUGAAAGUCAGCUCUGAAGCUGAGAAAGAAAGACUAGUCAGGUCUUCUGUUCUAACCACUAGUUCCCACUUUGACCCAAGUCCAAAGUAAGUAGAUUGUAAAUCCUGUGACUCAGAUGAAAGGGGAGAGGUGGGUGUUAAACUUGGUGAUUCAGCUCUUUUUUUUGAAGAGUGGAUUCUCUGUCUCAUUUUUGUUGUCUACAUUAACAGCUUAGAAUCUUCAACUGCAUCUGUUAUCACAUAUAAUCCUAGGGUAAAAAAAACUUUAGGUAUUCUGGAUUGAGGUUUAAUUCUGUAUUAAUGCUCUGACCUUAAAGUUUUUAUGUAGGCACAUAACCCAGGUUCAUUGUUUGUUCAGUUAUCGCUUUUAGGGGAAAGUAUUACAGUUUUAUUCAUUAGGCCAAGGUCUUUUUUUGAUUCAUCAACAAAAUGUUCCCAUGCCCAUUUUUUUUCUCCUUCAUUUCAACCCUCAAGACAAUCUCAAUCUCCUUUUUGAAGUCCAGCUAAUUCCUAUGGGCUUAAAUAACUUCAAGAACCAUUAAGUCCCUUCUCUUUACAUCAUCAUUAUCAUCACCUUCAUCUGUGUGGCUGUUGUCUUGACUGUAAGAAUGCUGCUCUCUCUACAGUUACUCUCUUCCCACCAAUGACAGGUAAAGAUGUAAACAUUUGUGUCCAGAGCCAAAAAAAAAACCCCAACUUGUUUUCAUUCUAUUAGUUGGACCUUGCAGAAUUUUCUUAUGAAGUACCAAGAAAAUGAAACCACUAAAAAACUUCCCACAUACUGAAACUGACUAUAUAACAGGAUGGAAAUCUACUUGGUGGGUAAAGGGUAGCAAAGGUGGCAUCAGACCUUGAUGACUUAACUAGACUGAAAGAGCAGCUAAACCAGCAACGCACCCACCCACCACCACCAUGCAUCUCCUUCCACCAAAACUUCCUGAAAAUGGUCUUGGUCUGAACUCGGGUUAUUCUGAAUAGUGCUUUAAAAACCACUCAAGAUGAUAACUAUGCAGGGAAGAAAUGCAGAAGUUAACUGUUCAUUUCUCAGCUCUUCCAUUUUUCUAGCAGGUAUAAAAGGAAAAAAAAAAGAGAUUAGUUGCAAUAUUCCUAAUCCAUUUCAGCUGACCAUCUCAUAAUGUUAUGGAAAAUGUCACGUACUUAGACUGUUGCAUCGGAAGAGUCCUAUUUAUUUCGCCUAAGUCUCCACUUCAGGCAAAUCUGUAAGGUGUCCCGAUGAUGCUGAGUGACCUAUGAGGCUCCUGAAAUGUUUGCCAGUGGUUCUGUGGAUUCUUUAAACCUGUGUGUUAACUCGACAAUGUACCAUAUUGACUUGGGGUGGGGAGAUAUUUUUAAUCAUUUUCAAUCUGUGGUUUGAUAAUCUUUUGUUAAACAUGUACUCAGUAAAGUGCCAUAGUCCUUCUUUUGAAGUGUAGCAUAUUUAAAAGAUAUAUAUGUGCAUGUAUAUAUUUAUAUGUAUGCACAUAUAUAUACACAUACAUGUAUAUAUAUCCACAAGUCUGUGAGAGAUGUGCAAUAACAAAGGCGUUAUGUUUUGUUUUCGAAAACUGGAGAAGAGUUGGAAAAGGGUUGGGGGGAGGGGGAAUCAUCCUGUUCAAAGCAAAGGAGAGCUAAGAAUGUGGGCUUUGGCCUCAUAAACCUAUGGCAAUCCUAAUGUGCUAUAUAAACCAGAGAGAGAAAAGAAGAAACUGAUUGUUGGUGGGAGUUUAAUCUCAAUAAGAACACUAGACUUUUUUUUUGUUUUUGGGAAAGUUAAGCCUGAGGACCCAGGCCCAAUUUUUUUGCUAGCCUUUAAUUUGAAAUGUGAAGCUGCCAAACUGCUUUUAUGUCAGGCUAAUCUCUAGUAGCAAAUAUAUAUUAUAUAUAUAUAUAUAUAUAUAUAAUCACUGAGGAGCUUCUUUCUGAAUAUGCUUUUUUUUUACACUUCUCAUCAAUGUGGGACCACUGCUUCGAGGCUGUUUUCACACAUCUCAUCAUAGCCACACCAGUCUUGCUUUUUAGUGCAGGUAUUUCUGUGUAAUAACAGUGAGUGGAAUUUUGUAAAAAUCCUACACCUGUAGUUACACAUUUAUAUUUAGGAGUGAUGACUCUGUAAGAUCAAAGGGAUGGAAGGCAAGACUGUUUUCUUUGGAGAUUGUGGUGAAACUACCCAUUGGCCUGAGGUAUCAUGGGGGGGGGGGGCAGUGUUGAGGGAAGACUUCAGUGCCCUAUGGUAUGCGGCAGCCACUUGAGCCAAAUAGAAAUUAAACUGUGCUGAUGGACUUAGUUUGAGCCAGUGAUCAUUUGUGGUACUCCUCUUGUGUUCUCAACUAACAUGUUGUUUUUCUAGCAUUGCCUAGGUUCCUGUGCACAUGUAUUUACUUUCUUUCCCACCCCCAAAAGAUCUGAAUUAAACUAGACUUUAUAAACCUAU